AUGUCUCUGUCUCCCACACACACUUACUCACCUUCACCUUUCUCCCAUCAAUCGAACGGUGCAGGACCCUCUUGCUCAUCUGCCGGCUACCGCAAGGCAGAUGAUGAGAUGUCCGGGACUACUUCUCAGGCGGAUCCAAUAGAUGCCACGGCGCGGACGAUUCUGCUCAACCAACCUCAGAACACUAAAUUCUGUGAUAACCAUGUCAGGUAAGAUUUCAUCUGGCUACAGCAUCAUUAUCAUCAAGUCCCUGAAUAGAGACUUCAAUUGUCUUUCCAGACGGUUUGUGAUAUUAUGAUUGCCUACAAUAUAGUUUGUUUAUUGUUUUAGGAAUUUGUUUUCUUAUUUUCAUUUUGUUUUUGUUAAAUAGUUUUUGAGAUACAUUUACAUUACAUUUACGUCAUUUAGCAGACGCUCUUAUCCAGAGCGACUUACAAAUUGGUGCAUUCACCUUAUAGCCAGUGGGAUAACCACUUUAUUUUUUUAAAAUUAUAUACAUUUUUUAAUUAUUGAUAGGCUAUAGGAGAUAAUGGGCCAUUUAUGGAACAGUAAAUUAUCAUCAAUUAUGUAUUCAAUGACAUCCAAUGACUGGAGAAAGGCAUCAAAGGGUUGUUGUUUUAAGACUCCCCUGUUAGUGAGUCUGGGGAAAGUGCUUGACAUGAACAUUUAGGCUACUGUCAUGUGAACAAUAUUAGCAUUUUUCGCACAUCAUAUCAAAACAUCUAUAAAUGACUUUGUUGAACUUCACAAUCAAUUUUAGAUACUUUCGGUUGAUUUGGACAUGAUGCGCAAAAAAUGCUAAUACUGGUCCCAUGACUUGAAUGGGAUUUGUGCUACAAAUGCUAAAAUGUUAGCAUAUGGAAACAGUGCCAGGGAAACUAAACCAAAGCAUUAAUUGCUGUCAUACCUUGUCCAUAGACUGCUUACAGGUUAAGGAAACCAAUGUGUCAUUUUGUAAUUUGGGGGAACUAUCUCUUUAAUCAAUAAUGACUCCAGUAUUUUUAAAGCAGGCACUGAAAGAAAAGUAACUACAGAGAGUUAAUAGAACUGCUUCAGGUAGUAAUGGUAGACAUUAAGUAGCCUAGCUUGAAAUUAAAUAGAAUAGAACAGUUUCCAAAGUUUGAAGGGAAUUUGUUUUGCUCAGGAAAAAUAUCCCCAAAUCUAACAAGAUCUACUGUAUGAUCCCAGUGUGGUCACUGGUCAUGUUACUCUGUGCUGUCCUGACCAGAUGAAGCAAACAACCUUCUCAUACUACAUUUUAAAAUGGAUACUCAUUCCGAAAUGCCAAAAGCCUAGUUGGAGACAGAGUUUUGGCUUCAAUUAAACACAAUACAUUUGUAUUGUAGGCCUACUUUCAAUUUGGUAGACUGGGAAACAGCAGGGUUGGGGUCAAUUCCAUUUAAAUUCCAGUAAAUUCAGGAAGUACACUGAAAUUACAAUUAACAAUUAUCUUCAAUGCUUUUUAAUGAGGAAAAAAUUGGAAUUAGAAUUUGGGUUACUUUCUGAAUUGACUGGAAUUGAAAUGUAAUUGUUCCCAACCCUGGAAAGCAGGGGAUCUAGCCUAAACAAAUCCAGUCUCUAAAGCGACAACAUUCACAACCAGUUGGUGAAUGUUUUGGUGUGUGGCUAUCUCUCAUGGGCAGGGUUAUGGGUAGGGCCCAAAUGGAAUCUCCAUCUGUGGGGAAUCUCUUUUACAAACACUCCCCCAGCUGUCGGCUGCAUAUUCGAUGGUGACGACGACACUGGAGCUAUAAAUGUGAAGUCGUAUAUCCUUGCAGACCAGUAGUAUUGUGGUUUGGUUCAACUUCACACCACCAGGGUACCAAUGGAUUGUUUACAUUUGUUAUUACCCCUCAACGUAUUUAUGUUGGCUUGAGGAGAUAGUGUUGAGUUCAGUGGUGUGCAGCAAUGUCAAUGUUCAGAAUACAAAUAGAAUAGUUAUGCUUCUCUUAUGUAGAAUAGGAAAUCAUGUUUGCUCUAUAUGCCCUACUAUUCCCCUCUAUCUGGAACAUUUAGGAGGCUAUGCUCUCCUGAACAUUACCCUGGCGCCUAUAGAAUCCAUCAGGUCCUAAUUACGUGCGUCGAAGCCUGUCGUCAGUCGGCAAAUACACCUCAUCGAUCUGUCUUUACUGUCAGGAGAUUACAUUCUGCUCUGAUAGGGGCCAAUUUCAGGUCCGUUAAUGAGAUUAAGGUGGGCCUUCGUCAAUUUGUCUUAUUGGAUCACCAGGCCUUUUCUUGGCCAGUGAUUGGACAGUCUGGCUCUGGAGACAUGCCAUGUGUAUGUCUGUGCUUUGUGUUUUAUGGCUUCACUGCUCCUAUUGAUUAAUCUGAGAUUAAGUUCCUAUAGCUCUGAUCCCCUCUCCUCUUCUAUGUUCCUCUUCCACCACUUCUUCUCUGCCUUCACUACAUGUUUUAUUCACAGCCCUGUGUCCCUGUGUCCCUGUGUCCCUGUGUCCCUGUGUCCCUGUGUCUCUGUGGUCCUGUCUCUGUGUCUCUGUGUCUCUGUGUCCCUGUGUCCCUGUGUCUCUGUGUCCCUGUGUCUCUGUGUCUCUGUGUCUCUGUGUCCCUGUGUCUCUGUGUCCCUGUGUCCUGUGUCCCUGUCCUGUGUCCCUGUCUCUGUGUCCCUGUGUCUCUGUGUCCCUGUGUCCCUGUGUCUCUGUGUCCCUGUGUCUCUGUGUCUCUGUGUCUCUGUGUCCUGUGUCCCUGUCUCUGUGUCCCUGUCUCUGUGUCCCUGUGUCUCUGUGUCCCUGUGUCCCUGUGUCUCUGUGUCCCUGUGUCCCUGUGUCUAUCUGUCUAUGUGUCUCUGUGUCCCUGUCUCUGUGUCCCUGUGUCUCUGUGUCUCUGUGUCCCUGUGUCUCUGUGUCUCUGUGUCCCUGUGUCCCUGUGUCCCUGUGUCUCUGUGUCCCUGUGUCUCUGUGUCUCUGUGUCCCUGUGUCUCUGUGUCUCUGUGUCCCUGUGUCCCUGUGUCCCUGUGUCUCUGUGUCCCUGUGUCCCUGUGUCCCUGUGUCUCUGUGACCCUGUGCAUGAGUGAAAAUCUCCUACACCUGUCAAUCAGUCGCCACAGCAACACAACCACCAUUAACAAAUACUUGAUGUAGAUGGUGUCCCUAGGCACAGCUCUAGGAUCAGCUUAAACUCGGCAGUUUCCUAACCUUAACCAUUAGGGAAGAAAUGUAAAAACUGACCAUAGAUCAGCCUCUAGGGGCAAUCAUAACUAAUUAUCAAACACAGUAACCGCAGUAACACUCAGACAACCACCAUAGCUUCUGUCACAUGUCAAUAUACUGUAAUUAUCACAACCACAAGCUGCCCUAAUAUCAUACGAGCAUUACCAUCACAAUUACAUGGCCACAUUAUCAAUUCAAACUGCAUUUCCUGUCUACACAGUGAACACUAGCAACCAACUCAUUUAUGACAGAACUAGUGUGUGUCUGUGGUAUCAUUUGUCUGUUAGAUUAGAUAAAAGCAACUUUAACGGGUGGAUCAGAUGUGUUUAUCUCAACACACUGAGAUACCAGAAAAAGGUGUGUAUGUGUGUGUGCACGUGUGCAUGUGUGUGUAUCCGGUUCAGCAGCUGCUGUUACGUCUGGUAUUUGAUAUCCUGGUCUUUGUGUGUGACUGUGGGCUCGUCUCCAAGGAGAUUUACAUAUGAUGGAGGAUUUAGAUACUCUCGUACACACACACACACACACACACACACAAACACACAUUAACACACCCUUGAGUUAGCUAUAUUGGCCAGGAUAAAGAUGGACCCUGAAGGGAAGGCUGAUAUAUUUAUUAUUGUCUCUCAAAAAGCUCUUAUAGCUGCUGGCUAUUAUCAAUGCUAAUGAUUGCUGUUGUCUGAUCAAUACAGGUGAUUGACUGACAAGGUGAGCCUUCCAAGGCCUCAUACACCCCUAUUUAGGAGGUUUGGCUAAAUAUAAAGCUUUGAAUAGUGAGGUUCGGUCCAUUUGCGGGGGUGUGAAGGUGUGCAGCCCAUAAUAGAUCCUUGGUAACACUUUACUUGACACCCAGCAUCAUAACGCGUUAUGCCAUGGUCAUAACCAUGUCAUAACAUGUCAUAACAGCUGACAUAACUUGUCAAAACCUGUCAUAAAUGGUCAAUGACCCAUAUAUUUACACAUGUUGUGACAUAUUGCAUUAUUUUAUGGCUGGUUAUGACACCUACAUAAGAGUGUCAAAACCCACAUUUAUUCAAAUGUAUUUUUUCCCUGCCAAGAAGUUUCCUUUCGUUUGAAAGUUUGUUUCUUAAGUUCUUUGUUGUUGUUGUAAUGAAUUCUUUACAGUCAUGUUUUUAUUUAUUUUAUAACUUGUAGAAAAUACGCUUUAUGGCACUGUGAUAAAGCAUUAUGACCAUCCUGUGUCAUUUAACUUGGACUAAGAAAAUACACUUUAUGACAUUGUCAAGAGGCAUUAUGACCAUCCUGUGUCACUUUACUUGGACUAAGAAAAUGCACUUUAUGACACUGUCAAGAAGCGUUAUGACCAUCCUGUGUCACUUUACUUGGACUAAGAAAAUGCACUUUAUGACACUGUCAAGAAGCGUUAUGACCAUCCUGUGUCACUUUACUUGGACUAAGAAAAUGCACUUUAUGACACUGUCAAGAAGCGUUAUGACCAUCCUGUGUCACUUUACUUGGACUAAGAAAAUGCACUUUAUGACACUGUCAAGAAGCGUUAUGACAUCAUAAUCAUAUAAGCCAGAUAGGCCUAUCCAGGCACAUGCCAUUAUGUCAGUCAUCAGUCACAAAGAGGGUGUCUUGUUCUGCCCCUGCAUUCAUCCCAGUCAUCAGAAACAGAGCAUUGGGGUAGGUGCAUGUCUGACAUCAAUGUGUGUUCAAUUACAAUGAUCAUUUAAUAUGGUCCAUUUCAGAAAAUGUUAUAUAACUUAAACAUACUGUUGACACGUAGGCUAUGGUGUAAUGGAAUGUUUUGCCUUGUGUGGUAAGUUUUGUGGGUUUUUACACUCUAAUGUAGGUGUCAUAACCAUCCAUAAAAUAACACAAUAUAUGUCACAACAGAUCUAAAUGUUUCAUGACAGUUUUAUGACCAUAGUAUGACAUGGUUAUGACGCUGGAUAUCAAGUAAAGUGCUACCAGAUCCGGUUAUGUUUUGCUACCUGUAACAGGAAUUUCCAGUUGAACAAAAAGGAGAGUAGUCGUUGAUAACAUCAAUCAAAAUCAUUUCAGUUCAAUUGCAAGUUGCAACAUGCAGCUCUUGGAGACAGGCCCUUUAAAUUCUAAUCAGACAGUACUCAAUGUUCUCUAAACAUCAGCCUGAGAGGAGUGUACGAAGUCAAAACAGAAGGCAGUAACUUUGCCAGCUGCUACAGAAUCACAUAGUAUUCAUACAGUGGGGAAAAAAGUAUUUAGUCAGCCACCAAUUGUGCAAAUUCUCCCACUUAAAAAGAUGAGAGAGGCCUGUAAUUUUCAUCAUAGGUACACGUCAACUAUGACAGACAAAUUGAGAAAAAUAAUUCCAGAAAAUCACAUUGUAGGAUUUUAAAUUAAUUUAUUUGCAAAUUAUGGUGGAAAAUAAGUAUUUGGUCACCUACAAACAAGCAAGAUUUCUGGCUCUCACAGACCUGUAACUUCUUCUUUAAGAGGCUCCUCUGUCCUCCAUUCAUUACCUGUAUUAAUGGCACCUGUUUGAACUUGUUAUCAGUAUAAAAGUCACCUGUCCACAACCUCAAAGAGUCACACUCCAAACUCCACUAUGGCCAAGACCAAAGAGCUGUCAAAGGACACCAGAAACAAAAUUGUAGACCUGCACCAGGCUGGGAAGACUGAAUCUGCAAUAGGUAAGCAGCUUGGUUUGAAGAAAUCAACUGUGGGAACAAUUAUUAGGAAAUGGAAGACAUACAAGACCACUGAUAAUCUCCCUCGAUCUGGGGCUCCACGCAAGAUCUCACCCCGUGGGGUCAAAAUGAUCACAAGAACGGUGAGCAAAAAUCCCAGAACCACACGGGGGGACCUAGUGAAUGACCUGCAGAGAGCUGGGACCAAAGUAACAAAGCCUACCAUCAGUAACACACUACGCCGCCAGGGACUCAAAUCCUGCAGUGCCAGACGUGUCCCCCUGCUUAAGCCAGUACAUGUCCAGGCCCGUCUGAAGUUUGCUAGAGUGCAUUUGGAUGAACCAGAAGAGGAUUGGGAGAAUGUCAUAUGGUCAGAUGAAACCAAAAUAUAACUUUUUGGUAAAAACUCAACUCGUCGUGUUUGGAGGACAAAGAAUGCUGAGUUGCAUCCAAAGAACACCAUACCUACUGUGAAGCAUGGGGGUGGAAACAUCAUGCUUUGGGGCUGUUUUUCUGCAAAGGGACCAGGACGACUGAUCCGUGUAAAGGAAAGAAUGAAUGGGGCCAUGUAUCGUGAGAUUUUGAGUAAAAACCUCCUUCCAUCAGCAAGGGCAUUGAAGAUGAAACGUGGCUGGGUCUUUCAGCAUGACAAUGAUCCCAAACACACCGCCCGGGCAACGAAGGAGUGGCUUCGUAAGAAGCAUUUCAAGGUCCUGGAGUGGCCUAGCCAGUCUCCAGAUCUCAACCCCAUAGAAAAUCUUUGGAGGGAGUUGAAAGUCCGUGUUGCCCAGCGACAGCCCCAAAACAUCACUGCUCUAGAGGAGAUCUGCAUGGAGGAAUGGGCCAAAAUACCAGCAACAGUGUGUGAAAACCUUGUGAAGACUUACAGAAAACGUUUGACCUGUGUCAUUGCCAACAAAGGGUAUAUAACAAAGUAUUGAGAAACUUUUGUUAUUGACCAAAUACCUAUUUUUCCACCAUAAUUUGCAAAUAAAUUCAUAAAAAAUCCUACAAUGUGAUUUUCUGGAUUUUUUAAAUUCUCAUUUUGUCUGUCAUAGUUGACGUGUACCUAUGAUGAAAAUUGCAGGCCUCUCUCAUCUUUUUAAGUGGGAGAACUUGCACAAUUGGUGGCUGACUAAAUACUUUUUUCCCCACUGUAUUGUCAUCAGUACUAUAAGAAUCAGUGUGUCCUCAGCCACUGUAAAACGAUAUAAGAACAAUCCAGAACAUCAGUAACAGGUCUAGUGACCAUCAACCAGUACACAAAUGAGUGUCACAAAUAGAACACUGGAAAUCAUGUGCAUUACAGAAAAGGGAAAAAAUAUAUGCUAAGCAUUGUGUUAAUACCUAUUAACUGAAUAUUAACUUUAUUCAUCUUAAAUAUUCCCGUUUCACCGCCAGAGGACAUUUUGAGUCUAAUUGUAUUGUCUCUCUAAUGGGGUUUCAUGUGCAUCGAUAAUUUUAGUGGAGAUUUUUAAAGAAUGUUUUGAAGAAGGGAUUUAACUCUAGUGACUACAUCUGUGUUACCCUAGAGACCACAAGAAAGUUUCUGCAAAAUAAAAUCAAACUCCCUAUUUUUGUCUACAGUAUAUACAGAGCCCAAGGGGGAUUACUUUUUUGGUGUGCAUAUUUGUGCUUCAUUACCGUGGUGACUAACCCUGUGUCUUCCCUAUAUCCCCCCUCCUCCUCCUCCUACUUCUCCUCCUUCUACUUCUCCUCAGUACCACUAAGUACGGGGUGCUCACCUUCUUGCCUCGUUUCCUGUAUGAGCAGAUCCGCCGCGCCGCCAACGCCUUCUUCCUCUUCAUCGCCCUGAUGCAGGUAGGCCACGGCCAGUACAGGUGGAGGGCGCAACGUCAAAUGUGUUGUCUAGAGAAGAUAAUAUUCUCUGUCGCGUAGAACUAUAAAACGAAUCAGCUCUGUCCAUUACAUUUCUAUCUGUAACCUGCAUUGACAACCUGACCGUGUCUAACCAAACCGUCAGUGCUUUCUCACCAUGGUCUCUGUGUUCUUCCUCUCAGCAAAUCCCUGAUGUGUCUCCUACGGGUCGCUACACCACCCUGGUACCACUCAUCUUCAUCCUCACUGUGGCCGGGAUCAAAGAGAUCAUAGAGGACUAUGUAAGUAGGACGGACACAGCUCAACAGACACAGCUCAACAGACACAGCUCAGCUCCCCCGCUGUGGAACAACACCCUGCAGAGUUUCUAAAUCUCCCCCUCUGUUCCAAAACAAUGGCUUAGCCAGCACUGUGCCAUUCUUGUGCGUCUAAUGUGACAGAAAAAGGGAGGGGACUCAUAAGGAACUAACACCCCCUCUCUGUCUCUUUACAGCAAAGACACAAGGCAGACAACACAGUCAACAAGAAAAAGACCACAGGUAUUGGACGUGUGUGCCCAUGCUAGCCAGUUUCAUCAGUGAAUUCCAUGUAAACUCAGCAAGAAAAGAAAAGUCCUCUCACUGUCAACUGUGUUUAUUUUCAGCAAACAUAACAUGUGUAAAUAUUUGUAUGAACAUAACAAGAUUCAACAACUGAGACAUAAACUGAACAAGUUCCACAGACAUAUGACUAACAGAAAUGGAGUAAUGUGUCCCUGAUCAAAGGGGCGGGGUCAAAAUCAAAAGUAACAGUCAGUAUCUGGUGUGACCACCAGCUGCAUUAAGUACUGCAGUGCAUCUCCUCCUCAUGGACUGCACCAGAUUUACCAGUUCUUGCUGUGAGAUGUUACCCCACUCUUCCACCAAGGCACCUGCAAGUUCCCUGACAUUUCUGGGGGGAAUGGCCCUAGCCCUCACCCUCCGAACCAACAGGUCCCAGACGUGCUCAAUGGGAUUGAGAUCCGGGCUCUUCGCUGACAUUCCUGUCUUGCAGGAAAUCACGCACAGUACGAGCAGUAUGGCUGGUGGCAUUGUCAUGCUGGAGGGUCAGGAUGAGCCUGCAGGAAGGGUACCACAAGAGGGAGGAGGAUGUCUUCCCUGUAACGCACAGCGUUGAGAUUGCCUGCAAUGACAACAAGCUCAGUCCGAUGAUGCUGUGACACACCGCCCCAGACCAUGACAGACCCUCCAAAUCGACCCCGCUCCAGAGUACAGGCCUCGGUGUAACGCUCAUUCCUUCGACAAUAAACGUGAAUCCGACCAACACCCCUGGUGAGCAAAACCAGAACUCGUCAGUGAAGAGCACUUUUUGCCAGUCCUGUCUGUUCCAGCAACAGUGGGUUUGUGCCCAUAGGCGACGUUGUUGCCAGUGAUGUCUGGUGAGGACCUGCCUUACAACAGGCCUACAAGCCCUCAGUCCAGCCUCUCUUAGCCUAUUGCGGACAGUCUGAGCACUGAUGGAGGGAUUGUGCGUUCCUGGUGUAACUCGGGCAGUUGUUGUUGCCAUCCUGUACCUGUCCCACAGGUGUGAUGUUCAGAUGUACCGAUCCUGGGCAGGUAUUGUUACACGUGUUCUGCCACUGCGAGGACGAUCAGCUGUCCGUCCUGUCUCCCUGUAGCGCUGUCUUAGGCGUCUCACAGUACGGACAUUGCAAUUUGUUGCACUGGCCACAUCUGCAGUCCUCAUGCCUCCUUGCAGCAUGCCUAAGGCACGUUCACGCAGAUGAGCAGGGACCCUGGGCAUCUUUCUUUUGGUGUUUUUCAGAGUCAGUAGAAAGACCUCUUUAGUGUCUUAAGUUUUCAUAACUGUGACCUUAAUUGCCUACCGUCUGUAAGCUGUUAGUGUCUUAACGACCGUUCCACAGGUGCAUGUUCAUUAAUUGUUUAUGGUUCAUUGAACAAGCAUGGGAAACAGUGUUUAAACCCUUUCAGGAUCCUGAAAAAGGGAUGUUUCUUUUUUUGCUGAGUUUAGUUUAAGGAAUAGACAGUUGUGCUUUAGGAAAGAGCAGCAGUAUAUGAAGUGUAUAGGCUAACAGCUCUGUUGUCAUUGUGUCUCAGUUCUGAGGAAUGGAGCCUGGCAGACCAUCAUAUGGAAACAGGUAACAUUACACUCAUCCUCUUCUCUCAACAGCCAGUCUGACUAGUGGUUACAGAUGGAGCCGACAGUUCUUUCCACAACACACGACCUGAACAUGGAAAAACUCCUAACUAGGAGCACAAGCAUUUCGCUACACCCGCAAUAACAUCUGCUAAAUAUAUGUACAGUGGGGAGAACAAGUAUUUGAUACACUGCCGAUUUUGCAGGUUUUCCUACUUACAAAGCAUGUAGAGGUCUGUAAUUUUUAUCAUAGGUACACUUCAACUGUGAGAGACGGAAUCCAAAACAAAAAUCCAGAAAAUCACAUUGUAUGAUUUUUAAGUAAUUAAUUUGCAUUUUAUUGCAUGACAUAAGUAUUUGAUACAUCAGAAAAGCAGAACUUAAUAUUUGGUACAGAAACCUUUGUUUGCAAUUACAGAGAUCAUACGUUUCCUGUAGGUCUUGACCAGGUUUGCACACACUGCAGCAGGGAUUUUGGCCCACUCCUCCAUACAGACCUUCUCCAGAUCCUUCAGGUUUCGGGGCUGUCGCUGGGCAAUACGGACUUUCAGCUCCCUCCAAAGAUUUUCUAUUGGGUUCAGGUCUGGAGACUGGCUAGGCCACUCCAGGACCUUGAGAUGCUUCUUACGGAGCCACUCCUUAGUUGCCCUGGCUGUGUGUUUCGGGUUGUUGUCAUGCUGGAAGACCCAGCCAUGACCCAUCUUCAAUGCUCUUACUGAGGGAAGGAGGUUGUUGGCCAAGAUCUCGCGAUACAUGGCCCCAUCCAUCCUCCCCUUAAUACGGUGCAGUCGUCCUGUCCCCUUUGCAGAAAAGCAUCCCCAAAGAAUGAUGUUUCCACCUUCAUGCUUCGCGGUUGGGAUGGUGUUCUUGGGGUUGUACUCAUCCUUCUUCUUCCUCCAAACACGGCGAGUGGAGUUUAGACCAAAAAGCUCAAUUUUUGUCUCAUCAGACCACAUGACCUUCUCCCAUUCCUCCUCUGGAUCAUCCAGAUGGUCAUUGGUAAACUUCAAACGGGCCUGGACAUGCGCUGACUUGAGCAGGGGGAUUUUAAUCCAUGACGGCGUAGUGUGUUACUAAUGGUUUUCUUUGAGACUGUGGUCCCAGCUCUCUUCAGGUCAUUGACCAGGUCCUGUCGUGUAGUUCUGGGCUGAUCCCUCACCUUCCCCAUGAUCAUUGAUGCCCCACGAGGUGAGAUCUUGCAUGGCGCCCCAGACCGAGGGUGAUUGACCGUCAUCUUGAACUUCUUCCAUUUUCUAAUAAUUGCGCCAACAGUUGUUGCCUUCUCACCAAGCUGCUUGCCUAUUGUCCUGUAGCCCAUCCCAGCCUUGUGCAGGUCUACAAUUUUAUCCCUGAUGUCCUUACACAGCUCUCUGGUCUUGGCCAUUGUGGAGAGGUUGGAGUCUGUUUGAUUGAGUGUGUGGACAAGUGUCUUUUAUACAGGUAACGAGUUCAAACAGGUGCAGUUAAUACAGGUAAUAAGUGGAGAACAGGAGGGCUUCUUAAAGAAAAACUAACAGGUCUGUGAGAUCCGGAAUUCUUACUGGUUGGUAGGUGAUCAAAUACUUAUGUCAUGCAAUAAAAUGCAAAUUAAUUACUUAAAAAUCAUACAAUGUGAUUUUCUGGAUUUUUGUUUUAGAUUCCGUCUCUCACAGUUGAAGUGUACCUAUGAUAAAAAUGACAGACCUCUACAUGCUUUGUAAGUAGGAAAACCUGCAAAAUCGGCAGUGUAUCAAAUACUUGUUCUCCCCACUGUAUGUGAUCAAUAAAAUUGUAUUUGAUUUGAACUCUAGUUGCAGCCUGUAACUAGGUCCCAGAGUUUUUCCUGAUCAGGUGAUAUGGUGAAGGAAAACUCUGGGCCCCUAGUAAUAAAGACUGCAUGGCACAUUCUGUACCUCUCCGGAAUGUUCUCUGGCAUCUUUCUCAAUGUUGGUUAAUGUCCUCUGUAUCUAAUGCUGACCUUGCUCUGACUGAGGGAAGCGUCAGGUAUUAACAUACACAGUAAAGCUACUUCCUGCUCACUGUCACUUUCUCUCUCCCUCCCUCCACCAUCCCCUCCCUCCGUCCCUCCAUCCCUCUCCCUCCCUCCACCAUCCCUCUCCCUCCCUCCACCAUGCCUCUCUCUCUCUCCCUCCAUCCAUCCAUCCAUUUUCAAUGUCAUUCUCACCUCACGCUGUUGCAUUGCUGCGUCCUGGCCACAAGGUGGCAGUAGGAGACAUAGUGAAGGUGACCAAUGGGCAGCAUCUUCCAGCUGACAUGGUCAUAGUGUCCUCCAGGUUGGUUUGCGGUCUUGUGUUUUUGUGUGGUCAGUGUUAGUAAGAGUAGUGUUUGAUCAGUAGGGUCAAGCUAGUAAUAGGGGAGGCAUUGAGGGUUGUCACCAUUAUGUUUGAUCAAUGAUUCAAUAUUGUAAUUUGACCGUUGCAUAGAUAAAUGUUGUGGUAAAGUUGGACUCCAUCUCUCUCCACAGUGAGCCCCAGGCCAUGUGUUACACUGAGACCUCCAACCUGGAUGGAGAAACCAACCUGAAGAUCAGACAGGUGAGACGCGUGCGGAAUGACCCCAACGGUAUGUUUUAUCAGCCUCCGGAGGAGCUGGUGAUGGGACUGUGUGUGUUAGUGUGUGUGUGUGUGUGUGUGUUAGUGUGUGUGUGUGUGUGUUAGUGUGUACCUGCUCUAACAGGGUGUGUGUAUAUUUCAGGGUCUCCCUCUCACAGUUGGUCUCCAGUCUCUGGAGGAGCUGAUGGGUCUCUCUGGCCGUCUGGAAUGUGAAGAGCCCAACAGACACCUGUAUGACUUCACUGGGACCCUACGCCUGGACAACCAAAAGUACUGAACACACACACACUCUGUCUCUCUCUCUCUCAACACACACCCAACAUAGGAUUGCAUCAUUUUGAACCUCCACCUGAUUGUCACUGUUCUCACUCUCCAGUGCGGUUCCUCUGGGUCCUGACCAGGUGCUGCUGCGAGGUGCCCAGCUCAGGAACACGCAAUGGGUUGUGGGAAUUAUAGUCUACACUGGACAUGACUCCAAACUGAUGCAGGUGAGCCAUUUCAAGCCUUUAUUGGGAUGCAAACCUAACUUGAAUCAUAGUCUUGAAUCAAGCGAAUCUAAACUCUAAUACAAGGCUGUAGAGUUUGGUGUUCAUCCUCCUUCCGUGUUCCCAAACUCUGUGCCAUUUGGGGUGUUUUGUAGUUCCACUUGAAUGUGGUGAAUGUUCCUUCCAGAACUCGACCAAGGCCCCUCUGAAGCGUUCUAACGUGGAGCGGGUGACCAACGUCCAGAUUCUGGUGCUGUUCUGCAUUCUGCUGGUGAUGGCGCUAGUGAGUUCUAUAGGAGCCUCCAUCUGGAACCAGCAACACACUGAGGAGGCCUGCUGGUACCUGUCACGCGCAGGUGAGAAUACACACACACACACACACACACACCCUUGGACACACACCCAUGGACACACACACACACAUGCCCGUUAGUUAUUUAUCCCUCUUCCAUACAACCACUUGACCGUGUGUGUGUCUACAGGUGACAUCUCCACUAACUUCUGGUAUAACCUGCUGACGUUCAUCAUCCUCUACAACAACCUCAUCCCCAUCAGCCUGCUGGUCACUCUGGAGGUGGUCAGGUUCACACAGGCACUCUUCAUCAACUGGGUACGGACGGGCGCACGCUCGUGUGUGUGUGUUGAGAGAGUGUUUGGCUGUCUUUAGAUGUCUUUCAUCUAACGUCUCUGUGUUUGGUGUCAGGAUGUGGAGAUGUACUACCCGGAGACAGACACACCCGCCAUGGCUCGAACGUCCAAUCUCAACGAAGAACUGGGCCAGGUGAGGAUGGACUCACCACCAAUCUUUAUCAUGUUCACAUCAGGGCUCAACCAAUCAGAGUUGAUUCCUGUUAUGAACUGAUACCCUUCCUUUUUCCCCUCUCUCCCAGGUGAAGUAUCUGUUUUCUGAUAAGACAGGAACGCUCACCUGUAAUGUCAUGCACUUCAAGAAGUGUACCAUCGCUGGAAUAACAUACGGGCACUUCCCUGACCUAGAUGGUGAUCGUUCCAUGGAGGACUUCAGGUCAGUGACCUCCUCUUAUUCUUCACCUUUGGCUGUGAUUUGGCUGUGCUAUUCUUUUGUUUUAUAUAAUUAGUGUAGAUUAGUAGUGUUUAAUUCUGUCCCAUCUCCUUCUCUCUCAGUCCCCUGCCGUGCAACAGUCAUAACUCCACAGAGUUUGAUGACCCCACUCUCAUCCAGAACAUUGAGAAUAACCAUGUAGGUGUUCCCCUGAGCACCUGAGUUCUUCUUCUCGUGAUAAUUAUUAUACUGAAUGAGAAUGACACUGGGCAGUGUAUGACUACUCUCUGUCUCUCUCUCGAUCUCGCUCUCGAUCUCGCUCUCUCUCCCGUUCCCUCUCUCCAGCCGACCUCUGCUCAGAUCUGUGAGUUCCUGACGAUGAUGGCGGUGUGUCACACGGUGGUCCCAGAGAGAGAAGAGGACCAGCUUAUCUAUCAGGCCUCCUCGCCAGGUAGACAGCCUAUCACGACACAGCUUAUAUACCUUAGAGUCAAUCAUAACUCGGCUACUAGACAAUAGAACCAAACACAUCCAAGCUACUACACCUUAGAGCCAAUCGUACUAAUCAACUCAACAUGAACUAGUAUGUGCACUGCAUGUGUGUUUUCCUUUCCUCAGAUGAAGGAGCUCUGGUGAAAGGAGCCAAAGGUCUGGGCUUCGUUUUCACAGCAAGGACUCCUGGCUCAGUUAUCAUCGAAGCCGUAAGUGUGGGCUGGAGACACGGGGAUGGACGCGUCAUUUGAAGAAAAUAAAUCUCAUCCUCUUCUCUGUUUCAUUCUUUCUAUUUGUUUGUGUCUUUCAGAGGGGGAAGGAGGAGAGCUUUGAGUUGCUGAAUGUGCUGGAGUUUUCAAGGUAAGUAAAAUGACACUCAUACACAUACGCACACACACAAUCACGACACACACACACACAUUCACAGACACUUAACAGUCAUUCCCUUUUCUACAGUAACCGUAAGCGCAUGUCUGUAGUGGUCCGAACCCCCGAUGGGAAACUGCGUCUUUACUGCAAGGGAGCAGUGAGUAUAACCCCAGUCAUUGACUGCACCCACAGUUUAUUCCCCUAGUGGCAUUGCUCAUAUUGAUGAUGAACCGGCGCGUGUUGAUGAUGUCAUUUACAUUACAUUUUAGUCAUGUUGUGUGUUUCAGGAUAAUGUGAUCUUUGAGCGUCUCACUGAUGCGUCUCAGUACAAAGAGCUGACCAUCGCACAUCUGGAACAGUUCGCCACCGAGGGUACGGCCUUUCUCUUUUUAAAUGUCCUGGUCUUGGUCAUAUUUGUUCCUCCUAACUUUUUCCUACGUUCUCUUACCUAUUUACCAUAUUUUUCUCUGCAAGAUUCAUUUUUCCCUUUCACUCCCUUUUUGUUAUCUACAUUAUUACUACAUUAUUUCUACUGUAUUACAUGUUGACCUUGUCCCCCCCAGGUCUGCGGACUCUGUGUUUUAGCUAUGUUGAUCUGGAGGAGGGGGUGUACCAGGAGUGGCUGAAGGAGUACACCCGGAUUAGCACUAUCAUCAAAGACCGGGCCCAGAAACUAGAAGACUGCUACGAACUGCUGGAGAAGGUAAGGGUUAAGGUUGGGCUUAGCAGUUAGUGAUUAGCAUUGCAUGUCUAGUUAGAUACUGAAAAUACAUACCUCUGUACUGUCUAGCAUGGUAAGAUGGUGACGACCCCUCACCCCAUCUCUUUCAGUCAGUGUGUUGCUGGGCUGGUGGGUUUGUCCAGCAGAGGGCACAGUGGUCCCACUGAUCCACUGUAG